GAAAACGAAUGAUCCGAUUCACCAUACCCCCCUUACCUCAUGCUUCUCAUACUGUCUCAUAUCGUGAAAAUCAAACAGAAGUUUGCAGUAUAGGUGGCACUACUCGUAUUACUCCGUAUAACCAAUUGGUUAAUUGGUAUCACUAUGCU